AUGCCGCCGCCGCCGCCGCCGCCGCCGCCGCUAUGGAGUCACUUCCGGCAUCUUCCCGCCCUGAACGGAAUGUAUAAAAAUAUAAAGGGGUGGUGCCAAGCAACACAAGAGAAGAGGCAGUGGGCAGAAACCGAUGUACAGGAAGUUCCACCUGAACAUGAGAAAAGUGCUUACGGUGCAGACGAUCGUGCACCGGCACAGGGUGCCAAGAGCGGCUGCAGAGUCUCCCUCACUGGAGAUAUUGAACAACCUUCUGGACACAACCCUGUGCCGCGUGCUCUGGGAUGGCCCUGCUUGAUCCGGCAGGAUGAGAGCCCUGUGGUUGACGUUCGGGGCCACCGACCUGUGGACAAAAGGCGUGAGAUGGCGCCCACGCUCCGACCUGUGGCACCUCCCAUCAGCGGGGCCGGAUACAGGCCUCGGCCCCCGAAGCGAGGGAAGACAGGAGACAAGAAGGAACAGAUAGUCUAUCCUGAUGCUGGAGGCUGCAAGCAUGCACUGGAGGAGCUGGGAGUGCUGUGUCCAACUGGAUGUGAACUGCGAACUACACUGUUAAAACAGGAAAAAACUGUGAAAACAGUUAUUAAUGAUUUAAAAGUUAAAGUGGACACACUUUCAGAGAGCUCCUCAACUUUUUAUGAAUAUGUGACCAUUCUAGAAGAUAAAUUGGUAAAGAGGCAAAAACAAAAAACAGACAAUGAUAAUUUACUUUCUCAAUUCAACACAGAAGUGGAAUUGCAGUACAGUUAUAUAAAGGAUAAUCUGGACAAUAACAUCCCAUCCAGCCUCAGGGUCCUUCGGGCCGUUGUGGAUUCUUUACAUAAAAAGAUACAAAAACUGGAAAAUGCCAUUGCAACCCAGGUGGACUACUGCCGUUCCCCAUGUGCUGUUUCCUGUAAUAUUCCUGUGGUUUCAGGCAAAGAAUGUGAGGAUAUCAUCAGAAAGGGAGGUGAGACAUCUGAAAUGUACCUCAUCCAGCCAGAUCCUUUUGUCAAGCCAUACAGAGUAUACUGUGACAUGGAAACAGAUAAUGGAGGCUGGACUUUGAUUCAGAACCGCCAGGACGGCAGUGUUAAUUUUGGAAGAGUAUGGGAUCAAUAUAAAGGAUUUGGAAAUGUUGCCAAGAAUGGAGGGAAGAACUACUGUGAUACACCAGGUGAAUAUUGGCUUGGAAAUGACAAGAUCAGCCAGCUUACCAAAAUAGGGCCCACUGAAGUUUUAAUUGAAAUGGAGGACUGGAAUGGUGAUAAAGUAUCUGCUCAUUAUGGAGGUUUCACCAUACAGAAUGAAGGAAACAAGUAUCAGCUUUCAGUAGUAAUUACAAAGGCACUGCAGGCAAUGCGUUGAUGGAAGGAGCUUCCCAAUUGCACGGAGGAAAACAGGACAAUGACAAUUCACAAUGGCAUGUACUUCAGUACUUAUGACAGAGACAAUGAUGGAUGGUUAACUUUAGAUCCAAGAAAACAAUGCUCCAAACAAGAUGGUGGUGGAUGGUGGUACAACCGCUGC